CAGUUAAGAUGUAAUACUUGCUCACCCGUCUGGAUAAGUGACACUUUCAUUUGCGAGCCAUCUGCUUUUUCCGUGUCUUAUUGAAUCAUUAUUGCUUAACUGAAAAAAUAGCAGUCAAUAUACCGUGCACGCAAUCGAUUUACUAAUAAGGAUUAUAUAUAACAUUUCUAAAGCUUUUUUGUGAAAUCUACGCUUUAAUGGCAUCCCUAAGCUUAACGGAUCUCGAAUGUUCUAUAUGCUUCAAUCAGUUUGACAAACCGAAAGGGCUUCCCUGUCACCAUUGUUUUUGCGUUGAAUGCCUACAGGAUCAUAUAAAUAAUAAUAAACAGACAUGCUUACAAACCGGCUAUUUUUAUUGCCCAAUCUGCAAAGCUGUUACCUAUCCACUAGAUCGAAGCAAAGCGGUUGAAGAGUGGGCGAAAACUUUUCACAAUGAUUUUCGAAUUGGUCAAAUACAAGAAAUAGUUUCAUUUGAACCGAUGAUGAGUUGCACGUGUCAUGAUAACAAUGAAAUAAACCUGUAUUGUACGUUUUGUGAAGUAGUUAUUUGCAGUGAAUGUCGCACUGAGAAGCACCAAAACUGUAAAGGAGUUUUAUCCAUAAGUCAAGCUGCCAUAUCAAAACGAAUCGAAGCUGAGAAUCAUUUGAAAUUUCUGAAGGAUUUGAAAGCAGAGGAAAGCAAGAAGCUUAAAGAAUUACACCUGGAAAAAGAAAAUAUUCUUAGUGAUAAAGAGAAAAUUUUGAACAAAGUCGACGCACGUGUCAAAGAUAUCGUUCGAAUGAUAACAUCUAAAGGAGAUUUACUGAAUAAAGACGCAACAAGAAUGAUGAAUGUUGAAUUAGAAAAACUUCGUAUCUACGAGGAAAAUUACAAAGAAAAAAUAGAAUCCUUAAGAAAUUGUAUUGAGAAAGUUUCUGAGGUGAUGAAAGAAAAAUCUGCUUCAAAGUUUGUUGUGUCUUAUUUCCCGGUUAGAAAAUGUAUCAACAGAUUUAAUUCUUCUGACUACCGUCUAACACGAAGAGUGUUAUCAUUAAAUAUUACAUCAGAAUUUUCAAAAGCCUUGCAAGAUUUAGAAAAAUGCCCAUUCGGCCAUGUUAGUUACGAAGGCGAUAUAUCUAAUGAAGAAAUAGAACAUACAGAAGACAUUAAAAAUUCUAAAGAAAAAGGGCUAGAAAAGAAACCCAAUAUGGUAAAUAUGCAAAAAGUUGAAGAAUUUACAUCCGAUGACGAAAGUACCUUUACAUCAAUCUUAAAUUUGGUUUGUAUCAUUCCUGGGGGAGGAUUCUUGAUGAGUGACAACAAACACGGAAUCUUACAGUUCUGUCCGAAAGGUAAUCAGAUUAACAGAUUUGAUCUGAAAAGUCAGCCGCAUGGAUUGUGCAUUCACUCUCACAAUUUCGCAAUGGUAUCUCUACCCAAUGAACUUCAACUGUGUAUAAUUAAAUUCUCACGAAACUUUGUCACAAACGUCAUGUGCAUGCUGAAUUUCUUUAAAAAAUAUCAAAGGAUCCAAUGUAGGUCAAAGUACAGUGCCAUCGCUAAAAGCUAUGACGGAAGGUUAAUUUGCAAAUGUCUAGAAAAACCUGUUAUCGAAGUCGUGUUCAUUUUUGAUAAUAGAGCCAAAGCACUACAGCAAUUCUAUCUUGAUAUCGCUUAUGUUUCGAAAUCUGAUCCUUGUUACAUGACAAUAGCCCCAGAUGAGACAAUUGUACUUUCGUGCUAUCGAGCUGGAUUAUUGUACGGUAUCGGUCGAUCUGGAAAUAAAAAAUUCCACGUUAAAAGUGUUGAAGGACAACCGAUUGAAGGACCGGGUGGUGUCUGCUGCGAUACUGAAUACAUCUAUGCCACAGAACUGGGACGUUCAAACAUAUUACGUUUUGAUCUAAGCGGUAACUUCAUAAGUUAUUUGACCCCUUCAUCAGCUCUCCCCAUGCCCGUCGCAUUAGACAUCAACCGCAAUGAGAAACAACUGGUUGUUACGCGAAUGAUACCGAAACCAACUAUCGAAAUUUACCAACUUUAAAGUUUAUCAUUAAAGUCUAAUGAUUCUGUUUGAGUAUGGUUUUGAUUGUUCUAUUUAUUUAUCUAUUCAAACAAAAUUCCAUAGGAAAUAUUUAAAGUAACAGAUAUCAGGAUAACAUAUUUCUGAAGUCAGAUCUGUAAACGUUCAUUCAAGUCCAUGCUCAAUAAUACAAGUACACACACUUUCCCACAUACUCACAGAAACAAUUAUACUAAAACAAUUCAGACGGAACAUAAAACCCCGAUUGUGUCCGUUCUUCGGACAGAAACGAAAAUAUUCAUACAAAGUAUUCAGUACAUUCUUAUACUGGGCAGGUAUUGAAUCACACAAGCAAUCUAUUCUACCUUGAAUUUCUUAGUCUAAUGUCAAUCGAUGCCAUACAUAGCUAUACUGAAAAUCAUAUUCGCAUAUAUACAUGCAUAUAUAUACAAAAUAUAUAUUUAAGUCUAAUUACCAAUGCAUGCAACCUCUAAGGCAUGAAUGAGUACCAACGCUGUUGAAAAAUAAAUGAUGUGGCGUUUGUAGUGUCCAGGAUUUAUACACAUUGAAUAAGAAAAAGAGAUUUUUGUAACAAUUAUUCUAGUUUGAAGUAUUGAAAUUUGAUAGUGCAAAGUUAAAUAAAUGGUGCUGAACCGUCUGUAUUGAAUCAAUGAAACUAAUAUUUUUGAGCCAUUUAGAAUCUUUACUAUAUCAUUCGUAGAAUCAAACCAUGGAUUUACUUGAAGAUACUGGUAAUAAAACA